UCAAAAUACUGGUCCUGGAAUUUAUUUGGCUACUAUGAGCGUUUCCUUCUUAUCUGUUGCUACUAUUUUAUUAUGUAUUGGUUCAUGUAGUACUGUUAGGAGCACAAGCAAUGAUGAUGAAAAUGAAGGACAAUCAAUUUUUGACUAA